UCAGCCAGGCAGUAAGCGUCGCGGCCAGCAGAGGGCGGUCCGGACCCAAGUCUGCAGCGGCGCCAUUGGCGUGUGGAAAAUGCCACCAGAUGGCGGGUUAGGAUUGCAGCUCCGUUGAAGGCGCGGCCCCCGCUCCCGAACCCCCGGCGACCACCCCGUAACAACCCCCCCACAUCGGGAAUAACACACCGGAGACUUUUGGGGGGAAACUAGGUCGACGGCCGGCGGCGCCCGGAUGGGCAGCUGAGGAUUGACUUUGAGGUUAUUUAAAAAGUUUUGAAUUGUACAGCCUUGAUUCUUUUGCUCCAUUGUGGAAAGACCUCUUCAGCAAUGAUUACUUCAGAGUUACCAGUGUUACAGGAUUCAACUAAUGAAACUACUGCCCAUUCUGAUGCUGGCAGCGAACUUGAAGAGACAGAGAUCAAAGGAAAAAGAAAAAGGGGUCGUCCUGGUCGGCCUCCAUCUACAAAUAAGAAACCUCGAAAAUCUCCAGGAGAGAAGAGUAGAAUUGAAUCUACUGUUAGAGGAACAGGUCGUGGAAGAGCUAAUGGGCACCCUCAACAGAAUGGUGAAGGGGAGCCUGUCACAUUAUUUGAAGUGGUGAAAUUGGGGAAAAGUGCAAUGCAGUCCGUGGUGGAUGACUGGAUUGAAUCAUAUAAACAAGACAGGGACAUCGCACUUCUGGAUUUAAUCAACUUUUUUAUCCAGUGUUCAGGAUGUCGAGGUACUGUGAGAAUAGAGAUGUUUCGAAAUAUGCAGAAUGCAGAAAUCAUCAGAAAAAUGACUGAAGAAUUUGAUGAGGACAGUGGUGAUUAUCCCCUUACCAUGCCUGGACCUCAAUGGAAAAAGUUUCGUUCAAACUUCUGUGAAUUUAUUGGAGUCCUGAUUCGACAGUGUCAGUAUAGCAUAAUUUAUGAUGAGUAUAUGAUGGACACAGUAAUCUCCCUUUUGACUGGUUUGUCAGACUCCCAGGUCAGAGCUUUUAGGCAUACAAGUACCCUUGCUGCCAUGAAGCUCAUGACUGCAUUGGUGAAUGUUGCCUUAAACCUCAGUAUUCAUCAAGAUAAUACACAAAGACAGUAUGAAGCUGAAAGAAAUAAAAUGAUUGGGAAGAGAGCCAAUGAAAGGUUGGAGCUACUUCUUCAGAAACGCAAAGAGCUGCAGGAAAACCAGGAUGAAAUUGAAAAUAUGAUGAACUCUAUUUUUAAGGGUAUAUUUGUUCAUAGAUACCGUGAUGCUAUUGCUGAGAUUAGAGCCAUUUGUAUUGAAGAAAUUGGAGUAUGGAUGAAAAUGUAUAGUGAUGCCUUCCUCAAUGACAGUUACCUAAAAUAUGUUGGCUGGACUCUUCAUGAUAGGCAAGGAGAAGUCAGACUGAAAUGUUUGAAAGCUCUACAGAGUCUAUAUACCAAUAGAGAAUUAUUCCCCAAAUUGGAGUUAUUCACUAACCGAUUCAAGGAUCGCAUUGUAUCAAUGACACUUGAUAAGGAAUAUGACGUUGCUGUUGAAGCUAUUCGAUUGGUUACCCUGAUACUUCAUGGAAGUGAAGAAGCUCUUUCCAAUGAAGACUGUGAAAAUGUUUACCACUUGGUGUACUCAGCACAUCGCCCUGUUGCUGUGGCAGCUGGAGAAUUCCUUCACAAAAAGCUGUUUAGCAGACAUGACCCACAAGCAGAAGAAGCAUUAGCAAAGAGGAGAGGAAGGAAUAGUCCAAAUGGGAACCUUAUUAGGAUGCUGGUUCUUUUCUUUCUUGAAAGUGAGUUACACGAACAUGCAGCCUACUUGGUGGACAGUUUGUGGGAGAGCUCUCAAGAACUAUUGAAAGAUUGGGAAUGUAUGACAGAGUUGCUUUUAGAAGAACCUGUUCAAGGAGAGGAAGCAAUGUCUGACCGUCAAGAGAGUGCUCUUAUAGAGCUAAUGGUUUGUACAAUUCGUCAAGCUGCCGAGGCACAUCCUCCAGUGGGAAGGGGUACUGGCAAGAGAGUGCUAACUGCCAAAGAAAGAAAAACUCAAAUUGAUGAUAGAAACAAAUUGACUGAGCAUUUUAUUAUCACACUUCCUAUGUUGCUAUCAAAGUAUUCUGCAGAUGCAGAGAAGGUAGCAAACUUGCUACAAAUCCCACAGUAUUUUGAUCUAGAAAUUUAUAGCACAGGUAGAAUGGAAAAGCAUCUGGAUGCUUUAUUAAAACAGAUCAAGUUUGUUGUGGAGAAACAUGUAGAAUCAGAUGUUCUAGAAGCCUGCAGUAAAACCUAUAGCAUCUUAUGCAGUGAAGAAUACACCAUUCAAAACAGAGUUGACAUAGCUCGAAGUCAGCUGAUUGACGAGUUUGUAGAUCGAUUCAAUCAUUCUGUGGAAGAUCUGCUGCAAGAGGGAGAAGAAGCUGAUGAUGAUGACAUUUACAAUGUUCUUUCCACAUUAAAGCGGUUAACCUCUUUUCAUAAUGCUCAUGAUCUCACAAAAUGGGAUCUAUUUGGUAAUUGCUACAGAUUAUUGAAGACUGGAAUUGAACAUGGAGCUAUGCCAGAACAGAUAGUCGUACAGGCACUGCAGUGUUCCCAUUACUCGAUUCUUUGGCAGUUGGUGAAAAUUACUGAUGGUUCUCCUUCCAAAGAGGAUUUGUUGGUAUUGAGGAAAACAGUGAAAUCCUUUUUGGCUGUUUGCCAACAGUGCCUAUCUAAUGUUAAUACUCCAGUGAAGGAACAGGCAUUCAUGUUACUCUGUGAUCUUCUGAUGAUAUUUAGCCACCAAUUAAUGACAGGUGGCAGAGAAGGUCUUCAGCCUUUGGUGUUUAAUCCAGAUACUGGACUCCAGUCUGAACUCCUCAGUUUUGUAAUGGAUCAUGUUUUCAUUGACCAAGAUGAGGAGAACCAGAGCAUGGAGGGUGAUGAAGAAGAUGAAGCUAAUAAAAUUGAGGCCUUACAUAAAAGAAGGAAUCUACUUGCUGCCUUCAGCAAACUUAUCAUUUAUGAUAUUGUUGACAUGCAUGCAGCUGCAGACAUCUUUAAACACUACAUGAAGUAUUACAAUGACUAUGGUGAUAUUAUUAAGGAAACACUGAGUAAAACCAGACAGAUUGAUAAAAUUCAGUGUGCCAAGACCCUCAUUCUCAGUUUACAGCAGUUGUUUAAUGAACUUGUUCAAGAGCAAGGUCCCAACCUAGAUAGGACAUCUGCCCAUGUCAGCGGCAUUAAAGAGUUGGCACGUCGCUUUGCCCUAACAUUUGGACUGGAUCAGAUCAAGACACGAGAAGCAGUUGCCACACUUCACAAGGAUGGCAUAGAAUUUGCCUUUAAAUACCAAAAUCAGAAAGGACAAGAAUAUCCGCCUCCUAAUCUGGCUUUCCUGGAAGUACUGAGUGAAUUCUCUUCUAAACUUCUUCGGCAGGACAAAAAGACUGUUCAUUCAUACCUAGAAAAAUUCCUUACGGAGCAGAUGAUGGAAAGGCGAGAAGAUGUAUGGCUUCCACUCAUUUCCUAUAGAAAUUCAUUAGUCACUGGAGGUGAAGAUGAUAGAAUGUCUGUGAACAGUGGAAGUAGCAGCAGUAAAACGUCCUCAGUGAGGAAUAAGAAAGGACGACCCCCACUUCACAAAAAAAGAGUAGAAGAUGAAAGUCUGGAUAAUACAUGGCUAAACAGGACUGACACCAUGAUUCAGACUCCUGGCCCUCUGCCAGCACCACAGCUCACUUCCACUGUACUGCGGGAGAAUAGCCGGCCCAUGGGAGAGCAGAUUCAGGAACCUGAGUCUGAACAUGGUUCUGAACCUGACUUUUUACAUAAUCCUCAGAUGCAGAUUUCUUGGUUAGGCCAACCGAAAUUAGAAGAUUUAAAUCGGAAGGACAGAACAGGAAUGAACUACAUGAAAGUGAGAACUGGAGUAAGGCAUGCCGUUCGGGGCUUAAUGGAGGAAGAUGCUGAGCCCAUCUUUGAAGAUGUGAUGAUGUCAUCCCGGAGCCAGUUAGAAGAUAUGAAUGAAGAGUUUGAAGACACCAUGGUUAUUGAUCUGCCCCCAUCAAGAAAUCGGCGAGAGAGAGCUGAGCUGAGGCCAGAUUUCUUUGAUUCUGCAGCUAUCAUAGAAGAUGAUUCAGGAUUUGGAAUGCCUAUGUUCUGAAGUCUGAAGAAAAUUUACAAAUCUGGAACUCUAUUAUUUAGAGCUAGAGGCCUAUAUACUGUGAUAGCUUGUAUGGGGGAAAAAACACUUUUGAUGUGAUCUGAUUUGUUUUUUAAUCAAAUGAUUGAGGUCAAUCCCUUUUUGUAGUGACAGAAGAGGAGCAUGUAAAUUACCCAAGGGAAUGUUGGUGAAUGUCACCUCAGAAAGACUGACCUGAAAAAUCAUUUGUGUCCUAAUAUUGGACUUAUCCCAAUACAGAUGUGUGUGUUUUUCUGGAGGGAGGAAAAAAUUUUAAAUUUUUAAAACCGCUGUCAAGAUAAACACUGUUAUACACCUGUUUUAUGAAAACUCAGCAUUGAGUAAAAAAAAAAAAAAAAAAAAAAAAAAAAAAAAAAUAUUUUUAACUUUAUUUUCCUGUUGUACAAUUUAAAAACCGUUUUAACAUUUUGCCUUUUUAUGUUUUAAAAGCUAACCAUUUUUAUUAAACCUAUGAGUAAGCAGCUCAUCCUAAUUGCCGAAGAGUGUUUUGGAGCUCACUGGAUUUGGUUGACCUUGUGGAAUACAGAAAUACGGAGGAGCAGAAUAUUGACAAGCUAAGAUGAAAUUCUGACAGUGCAUCUCUGCCAAAAACCACACACCCUCUGUGGAUAUGGAUUCCCUGAUUUUAUAUACUCUUGAAUAAAAAGGUUUAUUUUUAUUUAUAAGGGGGCAUAAAAUAAGAAAUGUCCAUGCAGCCAUUUUCCAACAGAUGCUGUACACCAUUCAUUUUAUAUAGAAUAGGGAGAUUCAGAUACAGUACAUUUUCUAUUGGUAUUUGUUCUGUGCAUUUUUAGCAACUUCUACCAGCAAAUAAAGUAUUCUCAGAAAAACAAAAAUGGUUCUCAAGUUAUCAGUUUGCUGUUUUUACUACUUAUUUCAUGCCCUGCCAAAUUCAAAUUACAUAGACCUCCGUUUUCUUAAAAAGAUAAUCAUGAAGAACUUCUUUGCCAUUCAAAAAUAAUUUUAAGUGUAACAUAACUGUGUCUACUUCCCAUGCACUUAAUACCUUAUGCGCUAAUUUUGUGAAUUAAGUUUACCAAUUAUAGAAGUAUGUGCUGCAUAGAAGUCUGUGCUUAGAGGGUGAAGUUCCUAAGCUUACCUUGAAAUACAGCUACAUUUCAGUGUUAAAUGUGCAUAUUAAUUAUUUUGGGGAAAGAAAUUAUGAAUCUUCAGGACAGCCUUCAAUGGUUUAGAGUUACAGUCUACUUAGACUUUUAUGACUUGCUGCUAUUGUUUUAAAAAGCCCAGUUAGUUUCUACCUUUCUGAUUUUUCAAAGUAAACCUCAAUUCCAAACUAAUCCAUCCACACCUGUUUCUGGGCUGGUUUUUAAAGUAGCUGCAACAGAAUCAUGAGGCUUUCCCUUCUUACCAAAAAUGAAAAGCAUUUUUUUUUUUUUUUUUUACUACUCUGUGCACCCAAUGAUUAUUUUCUGCUGGGAAAGCAAAUGGAUUAUUCAUUCUUUUAGUAAACACAAAACGAAAUUUUCUCAAUAUUUGUACAGUUCUGAAAAACCUGGUCACCAAAAAUGUUACAUCUGCUAAUUUUAGCAAUUCCUGGGCUCCAGUUUGAGGGGCUGGGGUCUCACUUUCUUCCAGAAAUGUGGGCCUCACUGGACAUGAAGGGGCAGGAAUAACUGGACUGUCCAUCACUGCCAGCCCUGCCUACAGUUCUGGCCAAGGAGGAAGCUGGGAGGUGCCCUGGCACAUGCACAGAGUGAUCCUUUGCUUGACAGUUUCAUGUGGAAAACAGAUGCUGACUUAGAAUUGUAGACUACCAUGCAACAAAAAAAAGGCUUAAUAUCUACUCCAAUGGGUUUGCAGUUCAGUUUGAAGUCAAUCGAAUUUUUGUAUUUUCAGUGUCUCCUUGAUUGGUUUUGCUAGUAAUUCUGUAAAUUGUACAUUUGCAAUAUGAGGUUUUUUUCCUUUUGUACAAUUUGAAACUGAUGCUUCACCUUUCCUUUAAUAAACUAUUCAAAAUCAG